AUGUUUAAUUUGCUUCCAAAAUCUAAACACAAACGUACUACACUCCAAGUUGCCGAAAAAUUAAGAGAUGAUGUUCAUAAUUUCUAUUUACGAGAUGACAUCUCAUAUCAACUUCCAGGUAAAAGGAAUACAGUUGUUGUUAGAGGCGCAGAUGGUAGUAGGAUAACUUAUCAAAAACGAGUUCUACUUGAGAAUAUACGUGAAACUUAUGAAUUAUUUAAAGAAGAAAGUAACAAUGUUGAUUUAAGUCGUUCUUCAUUUGCUGAAUUGCAUCCAGUAUUUGUCAUUCCAAAAGCUGCAUUAGCACAUAGAAAUUGUUUAUGUGUCUAUCAUGAAAAUGUUACUUUACUUUUAAAAUGUGUGGAUAAAUUUGUUGACGGAAACUAUUAUUCUUCUUUGCAAGUGUUUACCGAUUGCAUGUUUGGUUGUUGGUCACUUUGUAAAUAUUUUUUUCUGAAAAAGUUCCGGAAAAUGUCGCAAAUGGCAACAACAAAAUUACUUGGCCACAAUGGAUAA